ACAAAUUGCCGCGUCGUUGUUGUAGGAUGGUAUAUUAACUAUUGAUAUGCACAUAGUCAAUAUAAGCAAUUUUAGUGAAAUCUUUGAAGUCAAAUCGAAACGGUGGGCACCGCAAAGUCGCCAUAUCCUAACAAACGUCAACACAAACCGAGCAGUCUGGAAGGGAAACAUACAUAAACACAGCUGUAUAUUUUAAGUGCUACGAAAUGGAUUUAAUAUUGCUCGCAGGAAUCGCAACUGCCCUGCUCGUUGUUCUGAUUACCCUUUUAUUCCUCAACAAAAGCAAAUCGAAGAGUGAAGCGCCUCCCGCGGCACCAGCACCUGUCGAAGAGAAUGUUCCACGUCGUGCACAAGUGGUGCGAAAUCAAAGAAACCGUGCCAGAGUCGCCCAAAUAGCUGAACCCGUGGACGGCUCAGAAGAUGAAGAUACUAUACCCCAAGCGCAGCAUGAUUAUGCAGGUGAAAAAAUCGGCGCAAAAAAGCGAGCCAAACUGGAAGCUAAGGCUCAAAAAAAGACCGAACGCGAACAUGAACUACGGCUUCGCGAGGAACAAAAAAAGCGAGAUGCCCUGCUGGAUGAGGAGCGCCGGAAACUGGCAGAAAAGGAAGAACAGGCGGAAAAGGAUCGAGAACAAGCGGAACGACUGGCGAGAGAGGAGAAAGAACGGAAGGAACAUGAAGAAUAUCUUAUGAUGAAGCAAGCAUUUAGCGUUGAAGAGGAAGGCUUCGAAGAGGAGGAUGCAGACGAGCAGCAGAAUAGUCUGCAAGAGUUCAUCAAAUUUAUUCAGGAUAACAAGGUCGUUGUGUUGGAAGAUUUGGCUGUACAGUUUAAGCUGAAAGUCCAAGCAGUUAUUGAUAGAAUCGGAGAGCUGCAAAAAGAGGAGCGAAUUACCGGCGUGAUCGACGAUCGAGGUAAAUUCAUUUAUGUGUCACAAGAGGAGCUAAAAUCCGUAGCCAAGUUCAUCAAGCAGCGAGGUCGUAUCUCUAUAACGGAGUUGGCGGAAAACAGUAACCAGCUUAUACAUCUAACCCCGAUUGUAGCUUCCGAAAGCGCAUAAUAGCGCCAACUGUGGUGAUAUAGAUGACUUAUCGUAGACCGUUAAGUUAGUUGUUUUCUUGCAAGUUGCAAAUAUAUUGGCUGGUUAUCAAUUACCAUA